AUGUAUGCUUUGGAAUGGUUUUUCGAGAGUGAGAAAGCUGAUAAGGAACCCGCUAUACUGAAAGCUAAGAAGCGCAAAAGGCCCGGAGUCAGGGCAUUGCAAGAAAUCCGUCAUUUACAGAGAACCACGGAACUUCAGAUCCCCAGAAUCUCCUUCCAGCGAGUUGUAAGGGAGGUCGCCAAUAAAAUAGCGGCGGAAAGAGGUAUAAAGGAAGACUUGCGAUGGCAAUCCAAUGCCCUGCUGGCUCUUCAAGGAGGCAGCAGAGGUAUACCUAACUUGUUUGUUCGAGGACACAAACUUGGCAGCGAUCCAUGCUCGUCGAGUCACGAUUAUGCCCAGGGACAUCAGGCUCGUUCGGAGAAUACGCGGGGAGAACAUCACCAUGCCCUUGUAAAUGCAUGUUCCCUAGUAAAUAGUACCGGCUGCAUGUAA